GCCACACACUCACACCGAUACGCACGGACUACGUCAAUAAGUAAAAACGGAAGAAAGGAUGCUGCUGAUGUCACCGCCGUUGCAGUAGCAACACCAAUCCAGACAGGAGACAGGCUCCAGGAGCCAGGAGCCAAACCAAUCGCACCAAGUCUUACAGCCAUACACAUGUUGCUGCCACAUAAGGAGCUGCUAGUACAAUGCUCAGCGCUGCCAAUGCAACUGCAACAGCAGCAGCAGCAGCCGCGAUUGCUGCAGUCGCAGCCGAGACUUAUGUCAUAACAGCAACAAAUAAACAGCAGCCACAACAACAACAACAACAACAGCAGCCACAAGUCUUUGUUGUUGCCCCAAACAAAAUGGUGAUACCAGCAACAGGAGCAACAAUCGCCGGUAUACCAACAGCAACAACAACAACAGGAGCCGCCGAACAGCAGCAACAACAGCCACAGCAACAGCAACAUGUGCUUUUUCAGCCACACCUACAAACAACAACAACAACAACAGCGACAGCAGUAACCAGCACACCUCAGCAACAACAACCACCUCAGCCGCGGCAACAUCCCAAGAAGCGAAAGUUUGAUCCAGCAGAGCUGGACAAAACCGAACAGCAGCAGCAGCAGCAGCAUCCCCAUCACCAGCAACAGCAACAGCAUCAGUUGAGUCUGCAGAAGCAGCAAAAACCCGCCGACACUAAUGGCAAUAGCAAUAGCAGCAGCAGCGAUGGGCUGACCAACGGCAAUGUUGCUGCCGUGCAGCAACAGCAGCUGCAUCGCAUGAUCGGUGCAGGCACCGGUAUUAGCAACAGCAACAGCAGCAGCGAUAUCAGCAAGCAACAACAGCAACAACGCAUUAUCAUUGCAUCCCCACUGCAACAUGGCAGCAGUGGCAGUACUUACAAGCAACAUGUUGCAGUCAGCAGCAAUAGCAACAUUAAUCAUCAACAGCAGCAACGUACGCACACGCCCACCACGGCCAUUCACUAUCAACAGCAACACCAAACUCAGCAACAGCAACAACAACAACGUUUUAGCUUUAACUCCCACAAUCAGCAACAUCCGCAACAGGAACAACAACAACAGCAAUCCUUGCUCGAUCUCAGCGAGUGGAAUAACACGCGUGUCCUGGCCAAAAUUCACAAUCACUAUGCCUCCGGCAUCAUACGUCAAGUGCAGGAGGCCGCAGCUGAUUCAAUACUCGUGGAAUUCGAUUCCCCCGAUUUGGGGUCACGCCUAUAUCCGGACGUGUUGCACCAGGGCUGUUACCAUGUGAUACUCGAUGCCAGCCCGCCCAUGGCGGAUAUUACCCUGGAUGCUCGAGUUUGUGUGCGGCAGCGGGUGGAGGGACGAGGUGCUGGAUCCGGCAGUUUCGUUUACGUGGAGGGCAUCAUAACCGACAUCAACCAUGCCACGAAGCAAUAUAGCGUGCAAUUGAUGGGCGAGGAAAUGAACACCACCAAGGUCGUUUGUCGCGCCGAUCUUCGCCUGCUGCAGCCGCCCUGGUGGGAUGAGCUUAACGAGCUUACACCCCCCAGUGGAGCCGCCACUCCAGCCUCCAACUACAAGCGCAAGGUUUCCGCUGGAGCUUCUGGCGAAGCAAUGGGCAUGCCAAGUGGCAAUAUAGUUUAUCCCAAAACGGCCAGUGGAACACCCUUGACCUUUGUGGCCACGCGCUAUGAUGGCAAGCUCCCCACAGCCCCGGCCACGCCCACAAGCCAACAACAGCAGCAACAGCACCUCGUGAAACAUGAAGAGUAUUAUCGGACGACGGCCACGUCGCCGUUCCAGACGCGACCGGCACACGCUGGCCAUUCUCAUGGAGCGGAUCAGCAGUCGGCGCAGUCGCAUCCCCAGCAGGCUAAUGGCCUGCCGGACAUCGUGAUCUCCCCGGGCAGUAACGGGCAGCACCUAAAGAUACAACACCAGCAGCAGCAGCAAUCGUCGCGGGGCUACGAUGACUAUGACUCGGACGAUGAGCUGAAGCGGGUCGGCAUCGGUUACUCGCCGGCUGCCGGCGACCUGGACACGGAGAAGAUGAGCGCCUGCAGCAAGCGGAGCAGCAUGCAGAGUCGCGGCAGUACGUCCAGUCUACUCGACCAGAGGCUCACACCAAGAUCUCAUCCAGCAACCCCAAGAUCUCAGGCCACCACGCCGCACCGCUUCAAGAAGGGAGACAUCGUGGAGUCGGAGUCCGGCGUAAGGAAGAAGUACAAUGGGAAACAGUGGCGCCGCCUGUGCAUGCUCUGCACCAAGGAAUCUCAAAGGCGAGGCUACUGUUCGCGACAUCUCAACCAGAAGGGCAACCAGAACGCCCUGCCCUCCUCCACCGGACCGGGUCGUCUGUUAAGUGACAGCCGAUCGAGCAGCAAGACCCAAAUCGACGAGGACACCUCUCGCGACUCGGAAACAUCGCCCAACUACAGGGUCAAAGGUCGCUACGAUCAAGAGGAGACCGAUGCUGCCGUCAUGCUGGUGUCGCUGAGCAGCUCCCGCUCCGCCACGCCAUCGUACACAUCUCCCGUGAACCACGCCGGAGCCUCUCCGUUGAAUGCCAUCGCCCACUCGCCGGUGAAUGUUGCCACCAGUCACAGGCAGAACUUCUUCACUCCCAUCGCCAAUCAAUCGCAGCAGCAGCAGCAACAGCAACAACAUGUGCCACAACAGCAGCAGCCGCAGCAACAACAACAACAACCUGUGGCCAUACCGCUGGAUGCCAAGUGGAAGGCUACGCCCAGUCCAGUGCUCUACAAUCCCAACAACAAUAACAACAAUGGCUGGGAGGCUAGCAGCAGCAGCAGCACCCAAAUGGGAAGUAGUGCAGCAUCCAAUGCUGCUGCCCAGCAACCACUGCCGCCACAGACGACGCCCGUAUCGUUGGUGAUGCACGCCCCACCGCCGCACCACCAGAUGCAGCAGCAACCCCAACAGCAGCAGCAGCACCAUCUUCAUCAUCACCACCAGCCACCGCCGCCACCUGCCGCUCAUCACAGCCAGUCGAGCCUGCCAGCCCCCUCGUCGGCUCCGCCAUUAGGAAGCGGCGGGAACAGCGGCAACAACACCACCAGCGUGAUUCGCAUCUCCAGCAGCCAGCCGCCGCAGCAUCCAGCAUCCCAUUCCCAUGUGGUGGUGUCCAGCAGUCAGACGUUUCAUCAGGUGAUUGUCGAUGGCAGCCAACUGGCAGUGCCGGCCAUGCCGCCCGCCACGGUUUCAUUUCAUCAGCCCAACACGCCGACAACCACCUCAGUGGCUACCCUGGGCCAGGAGAAGGUGAUGCCAAAAAACGGAUACAAUGCGCCAACCAGCCAUGCCUGGUAUAAGCUGCUCCCCCAGAUGCCACCCAUAACAAAGGUGCCACCAAUCGCAUCGGCUAUACCAACCUCAACCACGGCUGGUAGCUACAAUGUGGUGAUGUUGCAACAGCAGCAGCAGCAGGAGCAACAGCAACAGCAGUCGCCGCCACAGAUGCCGCUCAACCACAACAACAACCAUCUGAUUGUGCCCGGUCCACUCAGUUCACCCAACAAGCCGCUCAACUGCUCCAUGAACGAUGCAAAGGCAGCAGCUGCAGCCGCCGCAGCAGCAGCAGUGGUGGCCAACCAGCAGCAGCAGCAGCACCAGGAGGAGCCGGAUGACCAGCUAGAUGACGAUGUGUUUGAGACCACGGCCGCCGGAAACAGUAGUACCAAGAAGCAGACGGCGGCAAUGCGACUGCCGACAUACAACAGCAAUAUCCGGAAGAUCGAGGAGUGCCACGAUGCGAGUGACGGAGCAGCUGGGGCACCAGUAACCUCGGCAGCCAAAAGGCGGAGUCAAUCGCUGAGUGCCUUGCAACAGCAGCAGCAACAGGCUGCCGGUUCUGCCGGAGCAGCAGGUGCAGCAGCAGCGGCAGCCGCAGGACAGCCGGCGAACAAGAAGAUCCGACGGCCCAUGAACGCCUUUAUGAUCUUUUCGAAGAAGCAUCGCAAGAUGGUCCACAAGAAGCAUCCGAACCAGGACAACCGCACGGUUAGCAAGAUCCUGGGGGAGUGGUGGUACGCUUUGAAGCCUGAGCAGAAGGCCCAGUACCACGAGCUGGCCAGCUCGGUGAAGGAUGCCCACUUCAAGCUGCACCCGGAGUGGAAGUGGUGUUCAAAGGAUCGCAGGAAGUCCUCAACCUCUACGGCUGCGGCCGGUGGCAAGGGACAGGGAGCCGCGGGAGCAGGUGACGCCAAGCAGCGCCUCGUUUCGGUCGAUGGCUCCGACUCCCUGGAACAGGACAUGUGCCCGUCGACGCCGGGAGGCAGUGGAAGUGGUGGCGUUGCAACCGAAAUGCAGGGCGACAUCAUACCGUUGACCAUUGACAACUACAACAGCGCCUGCGAUGAGGCGCCCACCACGAUCUCGAUGAAGGGCAACGGAAACGAGAAGCUGCUUAAGAACGAAAUGCCCUCGGAUGAGGACGAGCAGAUGCUGGUUGUGGAGGACGAGCGCCCCCAGGCACAGACGCAGCAGGCCAGGAAACUGGAUCUGCACUGCCGCGAGCGGGUGAACGACUCGGACAUGGACGAUGCCCCCUUUGAUUAUCGCAAACAGCAGCCCGACACGGAUCAGCGCCAGCCGGAGGAGCACAGCACGUCCGGUGCCAAUGGCCAGGCCAUGGGUGCACCACUGACCGGCGGAAGCGAGCGGGAGAUCACCCUCAAACCGAAGGCCAUCAAGGCCCACUCGGUGCUGGAGAACACCAUGCUGUCGUAUCCCUCGAUGUCCAUCUACAAGAAGUACACUAGUCCCAAGAAUCCAAUCGGUGUAACACCAUUCCAACCAACAGGCGGCGCCUUCAAGUCGAUGCCCAUUAGCCCCAAGGGCGGCAGUGGCAAGCCGGAGGACUCGGCCGGUCUGCAGGCACAUAUCAAGCAGGAGGACAUUAAGCAGGAGCCACCGUCGCCCUACAAGCUGAACGGUGGCUCGGUGUCCGCUGGGCCAGGAGGUGGGGUUGGCGCCCAGCCACCGGGUGGCAGCAGCGUGGGUGCCAUCUUCAAUUUCAAUGUGCCAUCGGCGACGGCGUUGAGCCAGAAGCAGUUCCACUAUCCAAUGCAUCAUCCCCACCCGAGUCCGACCGAUCUAAGAGCUGCCCAUCAGGCGUGUGUUCCCUCGUCGCCGGCGGCCAUGGGAUUGGGCCAUCCGGCUAGCAUCGCUACGCCACCGGCCUCGGCACCCGCUCAGAUAAUGGGAGGCGGUCCAACGCCCGGCCAGAAGAUGUUCUUUGCCAUGGGCAAUCCAUUACAGUACCAGUUGCUACAGCGUUCCCAUCAACCGGGCACCCCGAGCCUCGAACAACUGCAGCUGGACGCCUUUGCACCCGGCAACUACAUUUUCAAGAACCACAAUGGAUUGACCCUGCCACCGCCGGUCAGUGCUCAGCCCACCAUGCUGUUGCAGGGAUAUGCGCCCAGCCAUAGUGCCGAACCACCGGCCAGUUCGCCAUCGUACAAGUCCAUGCCUUCCACACCGAAAUCGGCCACAUACCUCAUGAGUGCGCCACCGGAACGGGGCAUGGAGGGUGGCCUGGGUGGAGGUGCGGCGGCAGCGUCAGCCAGUGGUGGCGAUGAGAGUGACAUGGAUGCGGAUGGCCAGCAGUUUAUACUGGCUCCUACACCGGCUCAGUUGGGACGAGCUCCGCUUCAGCGGCGCAAGAAUCUAUCGCAAAGCAAGUCGGAGAACAAUGUAUCAUUUUCGGGCAAUCUGGGAGCCAGCAAUGGACAGCACAUCGGCCGUAAGAUGCACUCGCCCACGGUGAUGGAGACCUCGUCACCCAUUAUCGGGCAUGUGAACAACAGCAGCCUGAGCUCAGCCCUGCCUACACCCACCUCCUCAACCACAACGCCCAACAGCGAUGAGCAACUGCCUCUGACCCCGACGACCACCACCGUCAGCAACCAGCCGCCCAAGUCACCAAUGAAGGGCACGCCAGGAUCGACAGCUGCGGCCCUGAAGAAGAAGAACGAUGAAAUGAAUAAUAGUGUUCUCAAGCAGGUGGACUUUGAGAAGAAGUACAAGGCUCUGCCGCAAUUCCAGCCGGAGGACUGUCAGUCGCCCAGUGCCAUAGCAGUGCCAUCUUCGCCGCGAGUCUACGGCACCAAUUACCGGAAAAAGAAUACGGCACCGCCACCGGUGCAGAAGCUAAUGAGUGAGGACGAUUCCAUUGACGAACCAGCUUCAGCACCACCCACAACUACUCAGCGCUUCUUUGGCCCUGAUUUCACCAAAGAGUUGAAGGGAAUCCUUUCAGAAUUAGAGAGUUCCGAUCAGACGGGUCGCUCACCUCGGACCCCAAAGACACCAUUGCAGAGCGCUCGCUCCGAUGCCAGCGAAAAGGGACAUCGUAAGGUGCUGGAAACUCGUCGCAAUCUGGUCAUGAAGCUGUUUGCUGAGUACGGAAACUUCCCAUCUGCCCAGGCUACCAUCGCCUUUCAGAUCAGACACAUUGAUGUGUUUCCGCGCAAACAAGAUUUGCAGUUAAAGAUCCGCGAAGUUCGCCAGAAGCUACUUGGCCAGGCUUCCUGCACACCGCACUCGGCCGGUCCCAACACCCCGUCCGAAUCCAACCCGUCUCUGACAAGUCUAAGUAGCGGAGGCCUAAGUGCGCAGGCAACCAAUGCACCACCCACCGCAGCAGGUGCCCACCAACAACACUCGGAGCACCAAAAGUCGCAUGCUGCGGGAAAAUAAGACGGAUUGUGAUGCCAAGUACAAGUAGAACGGGGAACGACUCGCAGGACAGGACAACAAGGACAAGGAACUCAAUUGUUGGCUGCAAGUGACAAAAUUUACUUAUGGACAGUAAACGAAUCGACAGCAACAGCAACAAUUGGGAUGAAUUGCAGCAACGCACAGCUCACACUUAGCUAAAGAUCAUGCAUGAGAUGCAUGUCAACUAGUUUUUAUUAUUAAUUGCAACUUGUAACGCAAGAAAAUAGAAAAGAAAAGAUACAACAUUUUAUAAUUUCAAUAGGCAUAUACAAUAUAUGUGAAAGCAAAGCAACUUGAAAGUAGAUACGCGAAACUGAUUACGAAUGAAUUUAUUAAGCCGCUUAAUAAAUCAGGAGCAACCAACCACACAUUUAUAUGAGAGGAAAUUUUGAAGAAAAAUUGAAACUUUUGAAGCACACAUGAAGUACAUGCAUUAAUGCAUACAUACAUAUUAAUAUACAUUGUAUAAUCCCCGCGUAAACAACUAGGUUUUUAUUUACAGGCUAAAAUGCAACUAACAAGAAAAGGAAGAGCUAAGGAUAUAGAAGUUAAGCUUUAACUUAAAUUGCACAUUUUGAAGUGUAUUAAGCACAAGCAAAUGCAAAGAAUUGUAUAAAAAAAACAAAAAACACAACAAGAAACUUGAAAUGAACUGUAGUUGUAUUGUAUAUUUAGUCAUACAUUUUUUAAAGAGAACAAAUCCCCCAAGAAACCACCACACUAACACCCACACCCCCACCCAACUCCACCCCACCCACUCGCACACAUCUAAAUGCUUUUAAACUGUUUGCCUUUGUUCUCCCAGAUGAUGAGAAGACAAGCCCCUUUUUAAAUUGUAUGUACAUUUCUUUUAAUUGGCUUUUUACACUGUUGUCUAAUUGAAUUAUAAUUUUAUUUAUAUAUUUUUAAAAUUUUAUUAUAUAUUAGCCUGUUUUUAAAUUGUACACACACACCGAAAAAUAAACAUCAAACGAGAAAAUAAUUUAAUCAAAAUUUAUUACAGACAAGAUUCGAUUCGAUUUAAGAGAGAGAAUGAAAGAACUAACUGUCUUCCACUGUUGCUGCAAUAUAUUAUUUAAUAUAUUUUAUGAUUCGGUUGAAUUAAAUUUAGUUAUAAAUUGAAUUAUUAAGAAAUGAUUUUAUUAUUUGACUGCAAUUCGUUUGCUAAAUUUGUACUUUGUGAAUUGUUAACUAUUAAAUGUUGUCCCUAAUUUGUGUCUUCUAAAUUUAAGUUACUUUAUUGCCUUUUUUCCCCCAAACAUGCCAGUCACAGAUCCUAAGGGGCAGCAAGUUAAAAAAAUAUUCAUUCAAAUUCAAAACUUUUAAAAGCAAAAAACAAAAAUUAACAAAAAACCAAUAGUAAACAUUUUAAAACACGCAAUAAUUAACAUAUUUCAAAAUAAAUGGCGCCUCCAUUUAGGUUUAUGAUUAGUGGAUGGAAGGUUAAAAAAACAACUGAUUUGUAAAAUUAAAACUCACUCACAUAGCUGUUUUAAAUUCUUUAGUUUUGUGUUUAAUUGUAACUUAAUUAUAGUUUUUUUUAUGAUGUUUAGUUCUUAAUUACCUAUUAGUUACUUGUAUUAAUUAGUGAACAAACGAAAUUUUAUAUGAUAAAAAGUAAAAGAGCGUAACUGUAGCGUGUUAAUGUUAAAAAUAAAACAAAUAAAAACAAAAAUAAAACAAAGUUUAUAAGCAAA